AUGACGAGCACCGGUACUUGCAAGAGCUUCAACGUGGCGAAAGGCUUCGGCUUCAUCACGAUGGCCGACGGCACCGACAUCUUCGUGCACGCGAAGUUCUGCACGGAUGGUGGCAUUCCGAAGCAGGGCGACAUUUUGAGCUUUACCAUGGAGCCCAGCCAGACCAAGCCGGGACAGAUGCAGGCUGGCAACGUGACCGGGGGGACCGGGGUGGCCGGGCCGGGGGGCAAGGGCCUCCAGGGAUCCGGCAGCAUGCAGGGCACCUGCAAGUCCUUCAACCCGGAGAAGGGCUUUGGCUUCAUCACCGGCGCCGACGGCAACGACGUCUUCGUGCACCGCUCCGGGAUGGUGGACGGCAGCACGCCGCAGGCCGGGGACACCAUCACCUUCGACGUGGAGCCCAGCAAGCAGAAGCCGGACCAGAUGCAGGCGGUGAACGCGACCGGCGGCACCGGCUACGACACCGGCAAGGCCGGCGGCAAGGGAUGGGGCAUGGGCGGCAUGGACUUCUGGGGCGGCGGCUAUGAUGCCAGCAAGGGCGGCUGGGGUGCCAGCAAGGGUGGGCCUUACGGGUGCGGUGGCAAGGGCAAGGGCGGCGCCUGGGGUGGCUGGGGCGGCGGCUGGAUGGCAUCUGCUGGCCUCAGUGGCUGGAUCAGCCUCAGCCGAGAUGUGGAUGAGAUGGGCGUGGUGCAGCGCGAAGAAUCCUUGAGCAAGGUCAUCUACGAGCUCUGCGGAGCUUUGCAGGCCUUGCAGCGCCUCAGCUCCCUGCGUGGCGUCUUGGACUACGCGGCCUCCACCGCCGCGGCGGUGCAGAGCACGGAGCAGGAGGUGCAGUUGAGCCUGCAGCAGCUGCUGAUCACCUUCGAGCAUUUCGGUUUGCAGCAGGUAAAGCUGCCGCCGCUUUACAAGCGCAUGCUGGAGGAUCUGGCGCCGCUUCUCCGCGGCUGA